UGUCUUCUAAUUUUCUUUCUCUUUUUAGGUGAAACAGUAUUAUUCGUUUUUGGACAAUUGAACUGAAUAAACUGCUGCCAUGUCUGAUGAGGAGUCAAAAUCCAGCAUUGAACCUGAGCAUACUCGGAAGCUCUUCAUUGGAGGCUUGGAUUAUUCCACCACGGCUGACAAACUGGAGGAACAUUUUAGCCAGUUUGGCACAGUUGUGGAUGUAGUAGUCAUGAAGGAUCCUGUGACAAAGCGAUCAAGAGGAUUUGGCUUUGUUGCUUUUCUCAAGUCAUACAUGGUGGAUAAAGCUCAGGCCAAUCGUCCUCAUGAAAUUGAUGGCCGUCAGGUGGACACUAAAAGAGCUGUUCCUCGUGACGAGAUUGAGAAACCAAAUAAAAAUGGCUGCCGUAAAAUUUUUGUUGGAGGAAUUAAAGAGGAAGCUGAGGAAGAGGAUCUGAGAGAAGCAUUUGGGGUCUUUGGAGAUGUCUUAAUGGUCAGCAUUCCACUAGACCAAGUCACCAAAAGAAAAAGAGGGUUUGCCUUUGUUGAAUUUGAGGACUACGAUUCUGUUGACAAAGCAUGCCUUCAGAAGUCAGUGAUGGUGUGCAACAGACGUGUUGAAGUCAAGCGAGCGGUUAGCAAAGAUGCGAUGAUUGCCCGUGGCAGCUCUCGGUCCAACGGAGGACCAUGGGAUGGACCCAACCAGAAUUGGGGUAACCAGGGAGGACCAGGAGGUGGUGGACCCUGGGGACCUGGAGGGAACAAUGGACCCAAUGGCGGAAAUCAGGGAGGCCCAUGGAAUGGUCCAAACAACCAAGGUGGUCCCAAUAACUGGGGCGGGCCCAACAACUGGGGUGGCAACCAGAUGGGCCCAAACAACUGGGGAGGCAACCAAGGUGGUCCCAACAACUGGGGUGGCAACCAAGGGGGCCCAAAUAACUGGGGUGGGCCAGGCAACCAGGGUGGACCAAACAACUGGGGCAACAACCAAGGUGGCCCAAACAACUGGGGCAACAACCAAGGUGGCCCAAACAACUGGGGAGGGAAUCAAGGUGGUCCAAAUAACUGGAGUGGGCCAGGGAACCAGUGUGGCCCAAACAACUGGAGUGGGCCCAAUGCCCCAGGGCCAAACAACUGGGGUGGGAAUCAGGGUGGGCCAAACAAUUGGGGCAACAAUGGUGGCCCUAACAAUUGGGGUGGACCAAACAACCAGGGAGGCCCAAAUAACUGGGGAGGUCCUAACAACCAAGGUGGACCUAAUAACUGGGGGAACAAUCAAGGUGGUGCUCCCAACAACUGGGGAGGCCCAAACAACCAAGGAGGCCCAAACAACUGGUCUGGUCCCAAUGCUGGUGGGCCCAAUAAUUGGACCCCAAACCAGGGCCCUAAUGCCCCAACUGGAGGACCCAACAGCUGGUCUGGUAACCAAGGUGGCGCCGGCACCUCUACCAAUGCGGGACCAAACAACUGGGGCAGUAAUUCAGCUGCCUCUGGCAGUGCUCCAGCUACCAACAACUGGUCUGGAAGUUCGGGCAAUGAGGUUGCGACUCCAAACAACUGGACUGCGCAAGGCAGUUCUGCAGGAAGCGGCUGGUCCGGUGGUGCCGCUAAAGGUUCCUCUGGCAGUGCCUCAGCUGCCCCAUAUAAUGCGGGGGGUAAUGAGUGGAACUCUAAGCGGGACUUUGGUAACAACUACGGACAGAGCAGCGGUGGGGGACCUAUGCGUAACCAAGCCACUCAGCGCUCUAACCCAUAUACUGGCGGCAAUGGUGGUGAUGGCACAAUGGCGGCCGCCGGCAGCGGAGGCAGCAAUCGCCGCUAUUAGAGCUGCUGCCGCCCUGGGAGAGCCGCUGUAGGCGGCGGUAUUCAUGUCUGGCCGUUGUCCUUCACGCGGGGCCAUCAGUCUUCAUGCAUGGCCAUCAGUCUUCAUGCGUGGCCAUCGGCCGUCUUGCGUGGCCAUCGUCCUGACGCCACCAGGGCAGUGGCCGCAAGUAUCUCCAGGUUUGGUGUAGCCUGAUGGCUCAUUUCUACUAGAUGCUUGAGUAAACAUUCUCAUCCGUUUUUCAUUUAUGUCUUUUCUUGAUUCAUUUGAAAUUUUUUUGGCAUUUGAAUUUCAUCUAAUAUCCUCCCAUCCUGAUGCCAUGAUAUUCAUGCCUGAAUUUGAAGACAUCCGUUUUGAAGAUGGUUUUUAUUUAAACGCACAAAUUCUCUGCCCAAGCUGAAUAAUGACGGCGUCUUGAGUCUAAUUUUUAUCUUCAUUGGAAAUAUUUCUGGUAUGAAAAAAAAAUAUCAAGUAAGUUAAGUUGUUCAACUACAGAUCAUUGAUGCGGCUGAAUGCCCAAAGUUUUUGUACGUUGUAAGUAACGCUUUUUCAUCUAUCUCUGCUUCUAUAAUUCGUAAGUUUUAUCUUGAAAGUCAUCUUGUCAUCAUUCUUUGAGUUUCUUAUCUUAUCAGCCUACAUUACCUCGAGCUGCAAAUAACGAUGUGAGACAGAUUUGUUACACAUGAUUUUUUCAAGCUUGUAAUUACCAGUUGAUUUGAUAUAGGCAUAGGAAAUCAGAUUAUUGUUGGGUAGGGAUAUUUUCGGAAGUUUGUACAUCAGAGGUACAUUAUUGUAAUAACGCUUACUCGAAAGGGUCUUGCGAUGUGGUAGUUUGAAUGUGCUGUUCAUGCACUAGUUAUAUCAGGUACAGAUUCCAUACAUUUCUCCUCAUAUGAAAAUGUAUAUUUGGCUAAUGGAAUUGGUGGCUCGUUCAACGCCUGGAUUAUGGAAAAUCUUUCCUUGUUGUCAGGAUAUUUGUUAGAUUUAAUUUAGUUUGCAUUUAAUUUAAAACCCCAAACCUAUGUAUGUACAUUUCCUGAUGUAUUGAGCCGUUUUAGUUUAAUUUCAGGAUCGUAGCAAAAUAGAUUCAUUUCAGGCUUGCUAGGCGUGUACCAAAUUUAAUUUUGUGAGGAACUUAUUAAAAAAAGUUACCUGUGCCCACAGUUUGGAAAUUGAUAGAACUGAGUAUUGUAGGAAGCUAAUAGUUUUUUAGAGGUAACGUCAGUAGCGAGUGAGAUGUCUUCAGAAGAAAUAUAUCUCAAGUUGAGGAGCAAUUGUAUUUUUUGUGUCAAGCUCUUAGUGUUACGCCUAAACUGAUGUUUUUCACUUAGUUACUAUUAUCUGUAGUCUUAGGAUGUCUUCUGUACCCAUUGCGUUUCAUUCAAGGUAACUUUUCCCGAGAAUUUUUCGGCAAAUGCAGAGUAGAGGCUCGAGCUGCCAGGAUGUUUCUUCACAUAGGAUGACAUUAGCAAAUGUGUGAGUUUAUUAGAAUGGAAAAAUCAGAGUUACGAUGAAGUAAACAAAUUGCUAACAGUAUUUAGCUGUGCUGGUGUUGCCGGUGGUAAGCGUUUGCCUCGUUUCACUGAUUAUUGAAAGUUCAAGCUGAUACCAGUCCAAAGAAGCCCUAAUAGCUGUGUAGAAAUUCAGAGGAAUUGCAGACAUGUUUAGUAUCUGUAAAGUGUAAGAAGUGUGA